CAAUAAUAGCACAUGACCCAUUUCAAAUUCUUCAACUACACAAGGACUUCAUCUAUCAAAAAUCAAAAAGCAAAAACUAAAGCAAACCACUUGCAGGCCCCUGCGAAACAAAGGAGUGACAUCAACUGGCGCCCGCGCCAGGACUCCUUGAGCAUCCAAAGCUCACAUUGGUAGUGGCCGCAUAUAAAAAUGGCCGGCUACAUGUCUGUUCCUAUGCUGGUGGAUUUCCCAUCCCAUAUCUGACACCCAUUUUGCCCACUCGAAUUCCCACACAUUCUCCUCCUGAUCGCGUUCUGCCUCUUCGGGGGUUGGCCCGAAUAUUACAACUGUUCUCUUCUGGGAUGUCGUCCAUCUCGCUUCAAUACGAUCAAAUGUGAACCCUGCGUGAUGCCGGCUCUCAAAAAAUUCUUGCAGCUUAUCUUCCACUUGAUCGAUGGCUUGUUGCUCAAGCCCACUGUAGUCGAGUAGUUGCAUAUUCAGGACAGUCUCUCCGACGCUCUCAUGCGGUCUUUUGAGGUCUUCGAAAUCCUUCUCCUUCAUGGGGAUUGUGAACCACUCCUUCAUAGCGUACGUUGCUCUCCCUGGAUAUCGAUAUCCGUACUCCAAAAGUUCGUGCACAGACUCCAUUGCAGUUGUUUCUGCGCACUCUACCAGCUAAUUAUUAGCCAAGCCAAUACAAGGAAAGCUCUUAUGCUUCGCUUACCUAUUACCGCAAACAUGUCAACUUCAAAUGAUUGAUAGACCUCAUCUCGAAGGUACCAUAUUUCCUUCGUGCCGUCUACCUCUUUCAAUCUCUUAAAGAGAUUUCUCCAAUCCAAACUAAAAUUGUCCACAAUCGGAUCCAUCCGCCUCUCCUCAAGCCUCAGAAAUGUGAGGUACACGAGUGGCUCAUAGUCGUGAAUGCGUGGCCCCAUAUUGUCAGGGUUGCGGUUAAGCCUGCGUCUUCUCGGAUGGUACCUGUGUCUCCCAUCAGCAAUGAAACCUGUGCAAGUGUUAUAUGUUCCUGCGAAAAUAUUAAUACAAUUUGGGAAUGAUGCUCACUUGUCGAAGUUUUGAUUUCGAUGGGAAUGUAAGUUUUCUCAAAAAGAUGUAAAACGUCCAGUUUUCGGAUAGAUUUCCAGGCCCUCAAGUCACAACUACGCUGCUCUUCACAAAUUUUACAGAUUGAGUUGACCUUUUCUUUCUCUAUCAAUGAUUGCAAUGCUCUGUUAUUUAUGCUUCUUGCACUUCCUUGGGAUUUCCCCCGACCCAUACUUCCCGGUGGAGAAUCUCCUCUUCGCCAUUCGGUUCAACAAACAAGGCCCGUUGGUCUUCGCGUGAAAGAUUUGCCUCUACUUUCAUUCUCUUCUGUAACAGCCUCCCAUGUCUGCUACCAAAAAAAAUAUGUGGGCAGGUUUGAUCGAAGCCCAUCAAAGAACUUCUCAAACUCCAUCCCAUCAUCAGACAUGUCGUCUUUAUCUUCAGGAUAUUCCUCUGUUGACAUCCCAAGAAAUCAGCAAAAGAGUUACGAUUAGUGCUGAUCGACCUCCCGACAAAAUAAUUUCCACACGCCGAACUCCAUGUCGAUGCAUGUGGUCAGUAUUUCAUUGUUGACAUCCUUAGAAACAGUUAGAGAUGUAUAAACUAGUCUCAAUUGAAAUCUGGAAAGCUGAUCUAACACUGAAUUUUAUCGCGAAACGUGACCUUGUCUUUAUCUUCGGGAUUCUACCUUGUUAGCUUCCUAAGAAUGAGCGUGAGACUCCUAACUAGCUCUGAUUGAAAUCUGACCCGGGGGUAGGGGGGUCCGAAACAUCAAAUUCUCAGCAUAAACACGAAACCACCCUUGUCACCAGGACAUAACUGUUGGCUUCCAUCAAAAUCCAUUCGAGGAUGGGCAGAAGCAUCCGGGAUAGCUACUUUCUUUUUCCAUGCACAAAGAUCUGAAACGUGCGAGACAUAGAACGAUCACUAUCAGUGUUGUUUAAUUAUAUAGACGCUCUUUCUAUGCCUCCCCUCCCUGGGUGUUACGCGCACCCUUGGACUUCUUAAUAUCCCGAGAUAUUUAAGCCAGAUAAAGGAUGGGAAAACCGAGGUGCCCGCCAUCAUUAGUCGCGGUUGAUCUGACUGACCUCGGCAUCUCCUUUCCCAGCACAUCUCUUGCAAAAAAGGAAAAUGGGGAAAUAGAAGGGAAAUAAAAGGUUGAGAAGAAUCAGAUAAGGAGGUAUAAAAAACGUCCCCAAGUUGGUAACUAACUCUUCACAUGACUUAUUACGUAAUCGCAACUACUUCGAUCACGCCAUCCUGAAAAGAAGAAAAAGAAUAGUAGAUAAUCAGUGCCUAGAUAGAUAGAAUAAUUCAUAAUUCAUAUUUGAUGUAUUUUUUGCCUUAAUAUAAGACACCUCUCUGCGCCUUGUUAUUUUCCACUCUUGAUUGUUGAGGUUUAUUACUCGUUGAAAUCGUUAUCUCUUGUUUUAAGCCCCUGUCUACAAGCCCUCCUCGAUCGCCCCUAUCAAAGUCCCCUGCCCAGGUGUGAAAUACUUCUCUGAGAAAAUUGUGCAUAUAGUUAUAUCCAGAUAUGUCGUUGAUAUAUGCACACGGAGCUUCCUUAUAUUUUUAAAUCUGUUGCUUCGUUUCCUUCGCCGUUCAUUGUCAGAGCUUUACAGACUGCUACAGAUUGCAUUCUCUCUAUUUCUCUGCUCAACCGGCAGUUGAAAGGUUAAAAACCACAAUCAACAUUUCAGCUCACAUCAUGAAAGACCUGCGACACGAGUCACCUGGGCCAGCUCCCAUGUUAGCAGCCUUGGAUGUGAAAGACCAGGUGCAUCUAAUCGUGGGCGCAAACCCGCUGGCAGCUGCCCGAUGCACCAAGUGUCUUGACAUCGGGGCAAUUCCCAUUGUCAUUGCGCCUGAAGGUGUGGAAAUUCAUGCACCCCUUCUGCAGAAGAUUGAGGAUGGACGGGUGCGCCAUAUUGGAAGAGAGUUUCAAGAUGAAGAUUUGAAAACCCUGGGAAGAAACGAGGUGGAUAAUUAUGUCGACGCUGUGUUUAUUACUCUUGGGCCUCAGAAUCCUUUGAGCUCUCGCAUAUAUCAUCUUUGCCGUCGGUUAAGGAUACCAGUAAAUGUCUCAGAUGCUCCAGAUCUUUGCACAUUUACACUACUCUCCACUUACUCUGAUGGCCCGCUUCACAUUGGCAUCACGACCUCUGGCAGAGGCUGCAAAUUAGCUGCCCGCAUACGGCGGGAAAUAGCCGCCUAUCUCCCAUCUGGACUCGGCGCCGCCGUUGAAACACUCGGCACAGUUAGGAGACGUAUCUGGGAAGAAGACCAUAGCCCAGAUAUAGCUCCUGAAAAUCUGCCAUUCGAGGCUGAUGACUCGACCGCUCAGAAACAUACCUUCAACUCACUCGUGACGUCUGAGGAGAGCGAGGCUGCUAAAACUCGUAGAAUGCGUUGGCUGUCUCAAAUAUGUGAAUAUUGGCCGCUUCGUCGGUUAGCCUCAAUCACGGGUGCUGAUAUGGAAGCCAUACUUGGAGCUUAUCGAUCGACGAGCGGCACAGCCUCUUCCACGUUGGAAGACGGCCUACCUUUACCACCAAAGAAAGGAAAAAUCAUCCUUGCAGGAUCCGGACCUGGGCACCCGGACCUUCUUACUAAAGCAACACACAACGCGAUCAAAAAUGCAGAUCUCAUCUUAGCCGACAAAUUGGUUCCGGCCCCCGUGCUAGAUCUUAUCCCUCGACGAACGGAAGUCCAUAUCGCCCGGAAAUUCCCUGGGAACGCCGAUAAGGCGCAAGAAGAAUUACUCGAAAUGGGCAUAACUGCCCUGCGAGCAGGUAGAACGGUGCUAAGGCUGAAGCAAGGUGACCCAUAUCUGUACGGCCGUGGAGCCGAAGAGUACGACUUCUUCAGAAGGGAGGGAUAUAUUCCCGCUGUUCUUCCAGGAAUCACCAGUGCAUUGAGCGCGCCACUCUUUGCGGAUAUACCCGCGACGCACCGCGGUGUUGCCGACCAAGUAUUGAUAUGCACUGGCACGGGGCGCAAAGGAGCAGCACCAGAGCCACCUAGCUAUGUACCUACACAGACGGUGGUUUUCUUGAUGGCGCUACACAGACUCUCUUCUCUCAUCGAAUCACUUACUAGUCGUGCUAAAGGGGACGAGAGUGCUGCGUCCCGAGUCCUAUGGCCGAAGGAUACCCCCUGCGCGGUGAUUGAGAGAGCGUCAUGCGCAGAUCAAAGAGUUAUACGGUCAACGCUUGAACAUGUCUAUUUGGCCGUUCAGGAGGAAGGAUCGAGACCGCCAGGACUUCUUGUUGUUGGUGCGAGCUGCGGGGUGCUUCAUCCGCUCACGAGUGCAAAAUGGACAGUUGAGGAUGGGUUAAGAUGGAAAGAUGGCUAUUAUUAAUGAAUUGGGGGCUGUCAACAAAUCCUAAAUGCAGAAGCCUUCUUUACUCGGGUUUUAGAGGCGCUGGGAUUUGUAUAGAACGAUAUUUUCGCAUGUUCUGGACACUUGUUUGCAUUUUAUCGGAGGCUGUAUUAGGCUGAGCUUUUCAUGCUCCACUACAUAUCAUAGAGCGCUAUUGUGUUAGUUUAAAGGAAUUGUUGGUCUGAUGUAAAUUAAUAGUUCAGUAACAAGAACUUAAAAUAUUCCAAAAAUAGACCAGUCCUCGCCAAGCACAGCAAACCAAAGAC